AUGGAAAAACUUAUUGCUGGAUAUGCUAUGAAGGAGAUGAUGAAAUAGAAAAAAUAGAUCAUCCCUACAGAUCAGAAAUAUCUAUAUUACGGUUGUUGGACAACAGGAAUUGCAGUAAUUGCAUUCAUGGGUCAUACAACCUAUUUAAAGAAAAAAUAUGAGUCAAAUUAUCUCUACAAAAUUUAAGGGAAGCAAUAUUUAAGGUCAUUAAUAUAGCUAUAUCUGCCCAUUAUAUGCAAUUAAUUGUUAGUUUCAUUUUGCUCUAAUCAUUAAGAAGCAUUUUUAUUUUCUCUCUCCUCUAUUGUUCAUUUGUAUCAAUACAUAAUGGGAAUACCACAAAUUUCAUACUUAAGUGCUGCUUUUACAAUACUAGGAUGUAUUUUGAAAUUUAAAAUUGAGUGA